AUGUCCGCGUCCUACCACGACGCGCCACUACGUGUCCUUACCCUCAACUGCAGGGGACUGAAUGUUCCCGAGCGCCGCACACAUCUGCUACGCGACUUGAGGAAGACACAAAUAUCUGUUGCUAUGCUUCAGGAGACCCAUUUCCUAGAGGGCCUCUCACCUAAAUUGCGGAACCGGUACUACCCCAACAAUUACUUCAGCAACCACAACACGGCUCGUAAAGCGGGCGUAGCCAUCAUCCUGUCAGCUGAUCUGGACUUCAAGGAAUUAGACAAGAUAUUCGACACGCAGGGGAGGUUCCUUUUCCUGAAAGGCACCAUAGCGGACAAACUUUACACUUUCGUGUCAAUUUAUGCUCCCAACACAAACCAGGCCAGAUUCAUCAGACGAAUUCUGCGUAAACUGAAGGGCUUCGCGGAAGGGGCAAUCAUCAUGGGAGGUGAUUUUAACACUCCACUAGACCCCCAGAUGGAUACGUCAACAAGCCAUAGUAGCUUACCAGCCUCAAGCAUUCACUCAAUUCGCAAAUCACUGAGCGAAAUGGGAUUAGUGGACUGCUGGAGAGCACUCCACCCGGAUUCUAGAGACUACACCCACUUUUCAGCAUUACAUAAUCGCUACUCGCGAAUUGAUUACGUACUGAUACAACAGGAAGGAUUGUCGUGA